CAUGGCAGCAGGUACAACUAGACAAUGCAUUGGCCGUUUCAUGGACAUUGAGCCCAUGAAAUUUUCUUUCUCAUCCCCAACUGCAAUUGCAAGACAAUCAGUCCAUCUCCCUAAUCAUAGAUAUAGCUCCUUGUCCAUGAAUGGCUGCGGCGGCGAUCCUCGAGCCCCUCUCGGCCUUAUUGAAACCCGGACGCUUGGCGCUGCCCCCACUCCAGCUGUGGCGGCCGACCGCCUCAACUCCGCUCUCUACGACCUCAAGACCGCCUCUCCGACGUCGGAUUCCGGCAUUAUUAGGAUUGAGGUUCCGAUCGUGCAGCAGAUAGAAGCUCUUGAGUGGCUGUCAUGCCAGAACCACACUCUCCUUCCUCGCUGUUACUUUUCCGGCAGAGAUUCCAACGAUAUCGACCAUAACGAUACUUCUCAGAAGCAGAAGCUGGUCAGUGUUGCCGGCCUUGGCUCUGCUGUCUCCUUCCGCCAUCUCCGCCCCUUCUCCUUGGACGAUUGGCAUUCCAUCAAAAGGUUCUUGUCCAAAAAUAGUCCAUUGAUUCGUGCUUAUGGCGCAAUGCGAUUUGAUGCAAGGUCUGAUAUAGCUCCCGAGUGGGAGGGUUUCGGUUCUUUCUACUUCAUGGUCCCUCAAGUUGAGUUCAAUGAGUUCGAAGGAAGUUCAAUGAUCGCAGCUACUAUCGCAUGGGACAAUCGCCUAUCAAGGACCUACGAAGAAGCCAUUGCUGCACUUGAGGCUACCAUGUGGCAGGUUUCGUCGCUUGUCCAGCGAAUAAACGGAACAAGCCAUCGUGCUGUUGUGCUCCACCAGGCUCAUGUUCCCAGUAAAGCUUCAUGGGAUUCAGCUGUUAAGCAAGCUCUGGACAUCAUAACUACGAAAAACUCAUCGCUCGUUAAGGUUGUUCUUGCACGUAGCAGCAGAGUACUGACCACGGUUGAGAUUGAUCCGUUGGAGUGGCUCACAAGCUUACAGGUAGAAGGGGUCAAUGCGUAUCAGUUCUGUCUUCAACCUCCCGAAUCGCCAGCAUUCAUUGGCAACACUCCAGAGCGACUAUUCUAUCGAAACCGGCUUAGUGUCUGCAGUGAGGCUUUGGCUGGAACACGAGCUAGAGGUGGAACUGAGUCUCUAGAUUUACAGAUAGGACAAGAUUUACUUUCCAGUGCCAAAGACCACCAUGAGUUCUCUGUAGUAAGAGAAAGUAUACGAAGAAAGCUCGAGGAUGUUUGUUCCAGCACAGUUGUUAAGCCUAGCAAGGUUCUACGUAAACUUCCACGCGUUCAACAUCUUUAUGCGAAACUGACUGGCACACUGCAGAAAGAAGAUGAUGAGUUUAAGAUUUUGUCUUCCCUGCAUCCAACUCCUGCUGUGUGUGGCCUUCCAGCAGAGGAGGCGCGGGUGUUGAUAUCAAAAACUGAAAUGUUUGAUCGUGGAAUGUAUGCCGGCCCUGUUGGAUGGUUUAGUGGUGCAGAGAGUGAGUUUGCUGUGGGAAUAAGGUCAGCACUGGUUGGAAAGGAUUCUGGCGCGAUACUCUAUGCUGGAACCGGGAUCGUAGAAGGAAGCGAUUCUUCCCUAGAAUGGAAAGAACUCGAGCUGAAGACUUCACAGUUCACCAAACUGAUGAAACACGAGGCACCUCUUGUACCAAUGAGGGAGAUAGUCGAACUCUAACUUGAAAAAGGUCAGCAGUUCUGCACAACUUAUCCACACUCACUAAAGCCUAGUUAUAUAUCAAUUGAUUAUCGUUCAGUCUCCUGAGUUAUAUAUCUUUCCGGGUCAUCAGUUUCAUCUGUUCGACUAAUGAAUGCUUUUCGUUUGCCACGACGUUUUUGGUGAAAGAAAGCAAAAGAAAAAAAAAUAUAUGAUGGAGGACCAUAUUGGUCCCUUCAAUGGUAAUUAGGUUGUCAAAUAUGUUCUCCAUUUUUUUCUGUACAUAACCGGCUGGCGAUCAGCCAUUAUUCGAACUGUAUAUACACGUGUGUAUAUAUAGAGACAGACAUACAUGAUUUCUUGAGAUUGAAUGUAUUGUAAAUAUAUAUCAUUCAAUUCAUGUAAAUGAUGUAGCAAUAACAGAAUACAAUGUAAAUUACAGUAAGCUACCUUUUCUAAUGCUGACAAAUCUUUUUUGUU